AUGGCCUCUCUCAAGUUUGUACGCUCUGUGUGGGAGUCGUUCCGAGCUACCUCGGGUCUGGAACCUCGUCUUCUAAACAACCUCCGUGUUACAGCCGCCAGACCUGGCCUAGUCAACUUUGAGUUGGAUAUUCAGAAGGAGCACACAAACCGUCUGAACAUCCUCCACGGAGGCACUAUCGCUAGCAUGGUGGAUCUUGGUGGCUCUCUGGCCGUGGCAUCCCGGGGCCUGUUCUCGACAGGCGUGUCAACCGAUUUGAACGGAGGUAAAGUUGGUGACCGAAUCUUGGCAGAGGUGAAAUGUGACAAGUUUGGCAAGACAUUGGCCUUUACUUCAAUUGAGUUCACUAACCCUAAUGGACACGUCGUCGCCCGCGGAAGUCAUACAAAAUACGUAACUCUGGCUUGGAAGGAUCCUCAAAACAUUGUGGAAGAGAUGAACAAAAUCAAGGACUAA